AUGGUUUUGCAGGUUCAUGUACUAAAGUGUAAUUUUUUUGAACUGCUAAAUGGUGUUCUUUUUUUUGAACUGCUAAAUGGUGCAUUUCGCCAAGCCCCCCCUCGAAAUUUCAGAGUUCCCGCUGGGCUGCCGAUUCGAACCAAACAGGAAACUUCCAGACAAAUUCAAUUCCCCAUCGCCAUCUCACAUCCCCAUUCCCGACGCCGCCGCCUCCGACGACGACUCCGGCGACGGCCGCAUUUCCGGGGAGAUAUACGCAUGGACUCUCCGACGCACAUCCCCGCCGCCGCCGGAUCCGAUUCUCCUCCGCUCCCUGAAACUUGUGACAAAGAGAAUAUCUAUCAAGACCGCGGCAUUGUCUCCGAUUGCCCGAUGCUGCACAGGGAGGGGACUGUCUCUACAAAGAGGAAAAAGAAGCCUGGCGGGUUUAACCUCAGGAAGAGCAUAGCAUGGAACCCUGCUUUCUUCACUGAAGAAGGUGUUUUAGAUAACAUGGAGCUUUCUGUGCUCAGUGGCUCACAAAUGAAGGCAAACAGGAGCCCUGGCUCAGGGGUUGGUGGUAUCGUUUCCCCAUUGUGUAGGUAUGGGAGAUCCGACAGUUCAUCCGUACUGAAGGAAGUCGUGGAGAACUCUCAUGGAAAAUUGCUUGUGAAGUAUCGAAGCGCCGAAAACAAGGGAAGGAAAUUGUUUUCUCCUGCAAAAAAUUCUGAGCGGCAUGAACAGAGAGAACUUCCGGGAAAGCAGGAUAAGAAGUCAGCACGAAGCAUUCAAAAUUCAAUACCGCGGUCACCAGCAGGAUAUGCACAGAAGAAGGUGCCCAACUCAAACACUACAGUUCAAAUGACAAGAACACCAAAAAAGUCAUUUCAACCUUCUAUUCCCACGGUCCCUAGAAGUACCUCAUCCGCAGCAAAUAUUUCCAAACCAAGCACAAAGCUACCUCCAGUUAAAGCCGAGCACCCAAAUAAAAUGGAGGCACUCCCGCUUAAAUCGAAGAUUAAGCCUACACCUUUGACUAAAUCCUCUGGAUCUACCACAGAGAAAGAUGUGGCGCCUCUUGUUACAGCCACCCAUGAACAAGGGAGUAGUUCUAGAAACUGUUCAAGUUUCUCAACAUAUUCACAAAAUAGUCCCUCCAGUUUUGUUGGUGUACCUGCAUCAACUUUUGCUAAGCCAUCAGCACUUCGCAUGCCUUCACCUUCAGUUGGUUUUUUCUCUCAGGGAAAGGCUCUUGUGUCACAUGAUGCUGCUGCUCAAGGAAAUACAUCAUCACUUGUAAAGCCUCCUAGAUAUAAGCAGCCGGAGUACCUAAAAAGCAGACUCUAUCAGGCUUCUGUGCUGAAUGGUGAUACUGCUCAAGCAAAUGGGCAGAUCUGCUUUACUAGAAAUACUUCAUCACUUGUAAAGCCUCCUAAAUAUAAGCAGUCUGAGGAUUUAAAAAGCAGACACAGUCUAACACCGCAGCUGCCAAUCAAUUGCCCUGCGGCUUCGAAGCCUCUUGUGCAUCCUAUAACCAAUGAGAACACUCUCAACACUUUGGUCUCUUCAUUACCUGUUCUAGAGCAUGCUAAUGUGUGUUCUGGGAAAGAUUCCUUGUCAAAAGGUACAAUAACAUGCUCAGCAUGUUCAGGAAAUGCAAAAAAUCAACCAACGCAGAAGGUUGAUUGCUCGUCUGCUGGAAGUGGAGAUACUACACCGUCAUCGAGUUCAGAAAAAAAUGGCGCUUCCAGAAAUGGCGCGCUAAAUGCAUAUAGCGUUUCAUCACAUGUUGAAGAAACAGGCAUUAUAAACAGAACUGGACCUAAUAAGGAUCCCCACUCUCUUAGAGCUAUUUGCUCCUCAAUCACUGAGCAUGGCGAGGAUUCCUGUUCUCAUGAACCCAUUGGCUCCUCAAUGAACCCUAUUGCUGCGAUUAGAUUGUCAUCUUCUUACAUUUCUUCUCAAGUGUGCACCCUUAAUGAUCUCAAUUGUCAAAGCAAGUCAGACAGUAGUGCUUGUUUAGCAAUUGACUUGAAAAAUUCUCUUGCUGGAGAGAAAACGCUCGCAGUUUCUUUGUCAGAAGACAACAGUUGCACUCCAGGUCCUGACUUCUUGCGUGAGUUUGAUUCCCAGAAUCAACAGAAUGCUGAAUGUUCCACUCUAAGGAAAUCAGUGGAGUCUACAACAUCUGCAGAUCAGGUGCCACAAUUUGGUAAUCCACUUGAUACAGAACCAGCUUCAUCUGACAGCACAACAGAUUUGCAUGGUUCUUUGUGUAAUGAAGCGGAGCCUAAUUCAGCAGAAGAACCAAGUACUGAUGGUGGAGCGGAGUUUGACUCAGAUAGUCCACCAAUUGGCAAUGAACUUCAGCUGUUAAUAGAGUGUGACCAUGACCAUGAUUAUAGGAGUACAGAAUCCUCCCCUAUACAGGUAGCAGCACAUAUGCCUUGUGCUGAUUUUAGUGAUUCGAAAGAAGUCUGCAAGACAGAAACACAUGAUUCAUUGGCAGUGGGAAGACGGCCUGCUUUGUUGGACGAACCCAAUACUGAAGAUGAUAUGGAUCUUGACUCAGAUAGUCCACUGGUUGGCAAGGAAGAGGUGAUAAUAGGGUGUGAGAGUGACCAUGAUUAUAGAUGUACAGAAUGUUCCCCUAUGGAACCAGCAGUACCUGUGCCUUGUAUUGAUCUUAGCGAUUUAGAAGAAGUCACACUUGACUGUAAGACAGAAACACAUGAUUCUUUGGCAGUGGAAAGACGGUCUGCUUUAUUGGAAGAACCAAAUGCUGAAGACGAUAUGGAUCUUGACACAAAUGAGUUGUCAGCUCUAGAGGAUGCAUCACCUAUAGGAAAGAACAAGGCGGCGCACAAAUCAGGCGCAAAUACCAUCCUUAAAGAUCAUCUAAAACAACUGGUACCAUUUUCGGAAGAAUGGCUUGCUGCCAUGGAGGCUUGUGGGGAGGAAGUUCUGGAACAGAAGAGUGGAGCUGUGCAAAAUUCUCCUACGGACAAAUCUACCCCAGAACCCAGUCCGUGGUCACCGGUUAAACGCAAAGUUCAAGAUGUCGGUCCAUUUGACUGUACCAAGUACUCCAAAAGCGUUCGAACAUCUGACACGCCUUAA